GAAAGAAAUAAGAAGAAACAAAAAAAAAACGAAAUCUAAUAAAUGAUGAUGUUUGACUAGAAGAACUGGGUGAGUGAUGAUCUGUGUGUGCAAUUUACUAAAAAACCUUUUCUUUCCGGCCAUCAACUAAAAUAAAAUAUGGAAAUUGAAGGCAGAGAAAGAAAUUGUCAGUAAACUAAUUAAAAAAGGCAAGGACGUUGAUGAUGAGAGAAGAGAGUCUGCGAGAGAGAGUGAGAGUGAGAUGGGUUUAGUUUAAUAGAGAGAGAGAGAGAGUCAUUAACAUAAUACUAAAAGGUUUGUUUAUUUAUUAGUAGUUUGGGUCGUGCUUUAAAGAGGAACCGAAAAGCGGGAGAGAGUGAAGAAGAAAGAGAGAGAGAGAGAGAGUGUGUUGUCUAUUGUUUUUUUCCAUUUUUUUUUUGGUUUUGGUAACAAACAACAACAGGAAUCGCCGGAACAAGAAGAAGAAGAAGAAGAAGAAUGCGAAGAAGAUGGACAACAACAACAACAAGAGCAUUGGCGUGAACGAGCAAGUUCUCGAGAAACAAAUCGGCGGUUGCAUGGCCGGCUUCUUCAACAUCUUUGAUCGGCCUCAUCUCCUCUCUCCCAAGCGUCUCUCCUCCUCCUCCUCCUCUUCCUCUCCGCCGAGCCCUGAAUCUUACUCCGCCUCCGAGAGGAGUUCCCCUCUUCUUAAAUCAAGAUAUAUCGGAAAGAAUCAGAAGAGUGUCUAUUCUACCCCUGACCUGCUCCUCUCUCCGUCCCCUGAUUCUCAUCAUCUUCUCACCAGAUCCCCGCCGCUCUCUGCCCCCGAUGAACGAUCUCCUUCUUCUUCUUCUUCUUCUUCUUCCUCUCGGUCCUCUUCCUCUCCCUGGAGGUUCUCUAAAGAAGCUCCUCGCCUCUCCCUCGAUAGCAGAGCCGUCCUCGAUGCCAAGGGUUCCCUCAAACCCAGACCGAUCCCACCCGACUCCUCCCCCAGCGUGAUUGCACGCCUCAUGGGAUUGGAGCCAUUGCCGCCACAACUACCUCUCCAGAGAUCUGCUUCCGAGUCCAGGCUCUCCAGAGACUACACAUUUUUCGACUUCCAUGAUGUCGUCAAGGCUCCCGAAGAUCCGGCCAGACCAACUCCUCCGCCUCCCUCCUCAGCUGUACGCCGUAAGCCUUUCUUCGAUUCCGGUGAUUUCUUCCCUCCGGACAGAGUCUCCAAAAUCAGCGGAUUCCAAGCUCCCCCAAACGAUCUCGAAACCUUGAAGCAACUUCUCCAAGCUCUCAGGCUCAAAGGACUCUUGCACUCUUCUAGCUCUAACAAACAUCAUCACACCCGUAUCCACAACCACAUUAAUGAUGUAUCAGCUAGGUCCCCCUCUGGCUUCAGAUCUAGACCCGUCACACCGAGCCUCAAGAGUCCACCUAAAUCUAAUAGGACGGCGAGACCAACGCUCAAGGAGCAGCGGAGAGUCUCUCCAUUCCCUUGGCAGAGACCCCAACCUCUCCUAACAGAACGCUCCAAGUCUUCUUCCAGGAGGACUAUAUCCUCUCAAGAGAUGUGGAAGGUUGAUGAUUAUAACAGACAAGGCAAAACUUUAUUGGAGAGAUGCGACAAGCUACUCCACAGCAUUGCCGAGAUGGGAGCUGCUGAGGCCGCAGAAGACUCACAGCCGAGCCCCGUCUCGGUUCUUGACGCCUCACUUUACCAUGAAGACUCUUCCCCAUCCCCCGUCAUGAAACGCAGCCUUGAUUUCGGUGCUGAAUCGGAAGACGAAUCUUGGGGUGGCUCCUUCUCAUUCUCAUCAUCGUUAGACUCUGAAUAUGUAUACAUCUCUGAUAUCCUCCGAGCUUCCCAUUGCCUUCCACAGGAGUCCGACAUCUUCUCCCUGCUGGAAAAGCAGCAAUACCUCAAAGGAAAAUGCGCCUCCAGAGCCGCAGCUCAGGAGAGACGGCUCAUCUUCGACGCAGUGCAAGAGAUUGUUGGGCGGAGAAGCAGGUUGCCACCGUGGAUGAUGGUGGCAGAGGCUGAUAAGAUGCAAGUCAUCUGGUCCGAGUAUCAGAAGAUCAGAAAGACAAAGUCGUCGACAGAGGCAGAGGAAGAUGACCUCGUGGGAUACGUGUGCGGUGUCCUUGGAAGAGAUCUAUCAGAGGACCGGUGGCGAGAUCGUCAGGUGGACAUGUCAGAAGCGGUUCUUGACAUCGAACGGCUCGUAUUCAAAGAUCUCAUCGGUGAAACCAUACGCCAUUUGGCUUUUCUUAACAGGUCCGACUCGCUGCGUAGGAGGCUGCUCUUCUGAUACAAACUAGGCUUAAAUCUCUGACCUCAAAUGUCUGAAACAGAACCCCCACCUCCUACCAUGUCUGUCCAACGGAAACAUGAGAGAGUGAUGAUGGGUUCUUAAUUUAUGCUUCUUUUUAUUUUUUUUUAUGUUUUUUUUAGUAUUAUCAAUUAAUAUGUGUGAGAGUUAAUGUUGAUUUA